UCUUCCUUUAUCUUUUCAAUACUUCUUCUUUUCCUGUUCCCCAACAAGUUGUUGCACAUUUGUUUUUUUUCUUUUCUUCGAAUGCCGAAAUGAUCACAUCAUCAUUUCCUUCUUUCUUUUUUUAUAAAAAAGCAAAAUAUCAAUCAAGUCUCUCGAUUGCAAUUAUCGCGUCACAUCACAUGUUCCUUCUCUUCUCCUCCUUCUUCCCCUCUCUUCCUUCUUCCCCUCCUCUCUCCCUUUCUCGAUUAAAUCCCCAAAACAGCUUUACAAUCAAAUGGAACAUCCGUGACUAUUGCAUAUAUCCCUUGGACUGUUUCUUCUUUUCUCUUAUCUUCUCGUCUCUUUAA